UCAGUUUGGCCAAUGAACACAAGCAGAUUUGCAGAUCACCAUGACCUCUUAACAGAAACCAAAAGGCCAAUAGAUACAGCCAUCUCUCAGCAAGCUUUUUAUAGUGGUGAAUCUAUGUCAGCAAUGGAAAAGCAAUACCUGCAUAACAGUAAUCUCACACCACAACAAAAAAUAGAUGAACUUUAUCAUGGAUUUACUGGUUUAGACCUUGAAGAACAAUGGAUAUACCCCUCACGAAGUGAUCAUUCUAACUGUCACAAUAUGCAGACAAAUGAUACAGCUAAGACAGCAUUCCAAGAAUAUCCAUUUAUCAAAAACUGUUUUACACCACAAACUGGUCUGUCUGACAUCAUGAAAGAAUCAGGAGUUGAUAUUUACCCUUAUGGAAGGGACAGAAUAUGUACUAAAGGUCUUGAAGCACCAUUACAGCAAAAAAGGGCAGAGAUGUUUCUUUCUCAAUUUAAUAGAUACAAUGAAAAUGUAGAUUAUUGUAGAUACCCAGAAUAUGUUCAUCCUAAUAAGGCUAAGCUUAAUAAAUGUUCAAAUUUUAGUGUCCAAGAUAGCAAAAAAUUAGCCAAUGGCACACCUGAAACACCAACUGUAGAAGCAGAUACCUACACAAAGCUAUUUCAGGUUAAACCAGCGAAUCAGAAAAAAAUGGAGGAGACAAUGCCUGACCAGCAGAAUUUCACAUUUCCAAAAACUACUCCACAUCUGACAGAGAAACAGUUUGCAAAGGAAGCAGCAUUCACUGCUGAUUUUGGCUUAACCUCAGAAUAUGGACUAAAACCUCACACAGCUUGUCCCGCUAAUGAUUUUGCUAACGUUACAGAAAAGCAACAGUUUGCUAAACCUGAUCCCCCAAAUUCUGAGUAUUUUAAAUCAGUGAAUUUAUUAUCAAAUUCAGCAGCAUCUUCAGGAGGUAUCAAUUUAAACAGACCAACUUGGAUGAAUGUUCAAACAAAAAAUAACACUCCUAUUCCUUAUCGAAAUCAAGGUAACUUGAUGAAAUUAAAUAGUCAUUUAAGUGCAGCUUCAAAAGGUUCUAACCAUUCUUCAGAUUUCCCCCAACUAUCAUCCAUAAACUUAACCCCAAAUAGCAAUUUAUUUCAGAAGUAUUGCCAAGAAAACCCUUCAGCAUUUUCUAGUUUUGAUUUUAGUUACAAUGGUGCAGAAAGAAUCCAAUCUGUCAAUCACAUAGAAGGACUAACAAAGCCUGGAGAAGAAAAUCUCUUUGAAUUGGUUACGGAUAAAAAAAUAAAGCAGCCAAAUGGAUUUUGUGAUAACUAUUCAGCUCAGCAGUAUGGGAUAAUUGAAAAUGUAAACAAACAUAAUUUUCAAGCCAAGCCCCAGAGUGGACAUUAUGAUCCUGAGGAAGGUUCAAAGCAUUUAGAUGGCUUAUCACAAAAUACAUACCAAGAUCUACUGGAGUCACAGGGUCAUUCUAAUAGCCACAGAACGAGAGGUGGAGACAGUAUUAAUAGCCGUGUGAAUCGCACACAAGCGUCAUGCUUUUCUAAUAAUUAUAUGAUGGGAGACUUAAGGCAUAAUCAGGGUUUUCAACAACUUGGUUCAAAUGGGUUUCCCCUAAGAUCCACCCACCCAUUUGGCCAUUCAGUUGUUCCACUGUUGGAUUCCUAUGACUUAUUUUCUUAUGAUGACUUAAGCCAUUUGUACCCUUAUUUUAAUGAUAUGAUGUAUGGUGAUAAUUCUUUUUCUGGUCUCGUGCCAACUUUUGGAUUUCAAAGACCAGUUAAAACCCGUAGUGGACCAGCCAGUGAACUUCAUAUUCGUCUAGAAGAGUGCUAUGAACAAUGGAGAGCAUUAGAAAAAGAGAGAAAAAAGACUGAAUUAGCCCUUGCCAAGAAUUAUCCUGGAAAAAAAGUAUCCAGUACUAACAACACUCCAAUUCCAAGGCUGACCUCCAACCCAUCUAGAGUUGAUCGCUUAAUUGUGGAUGAACUUCGAGAACAAGCCAGAGUUGUGACUUUACUAGGCAAAAUGGAACGUCUUCGGAGUUCUCUUCUUCAUGCCAAUAUCUCUACUGCUCUUGAUAGACACUUGGAGUCUAUUCACAUUGUACAGUCACGUAGAAAGGAUGAAAUUGUUAAUGCUUCCAAUCGGCAAAGGCAAGGAGUUCCUAGAUGCCAAGACGACAGAGAUGUUUUUGCCCUUGCUUCAGCAAUUAAAGAGAUGUGUGUGGCUACUCGGAAAACACGCACUACUCUGUGGUGUGCGCUGCAGAUGACCUUGCCAAAAACAGCCAGUACAGCUGAUGUGGUAAAGGCUUUACAAGAUACAGUAAACUGUGAAGAUAAAGUCCAUGAAAGCAUAAAUAGUACCAAUCCAAUGAACCAGAGAGGUGAAACAAAUAAACAUUAAGGAAAUUAUAGCAGAAAGAAGAAUAAAAAGCUGAUAAAUAUAUCAAGACAUGCUAAAAAUUUUUUAAUGAACUUGUCAAACUUUCAGUAUGUUUUCUUUCAGAUUUAAAGUUAAUACCAAUACCUUAAUGAAGUCUAACUUCUAUUUAAAAAUCUUCUAUUUGAAGUGAAUCCGAUAUAGUUUUAAGUAAGCUCAAAGGUACAGUUGACUACUCAGAGUUCUGAGUAGUCAGAUAACAAGUUUAAGUAAAUUAAAUAUUUCCUAACAGCUAAAAUAUGCUUAAACCCAUUCUGCCAUGCAGGUAAAUGCAAAUGUGAAAUUCUUCUAGGAGAUAAGUUUCAUUUAGGUCUGUCUUAGUUAGGUAUAAUUCCAAAUAAUGAAUCUAAGUGACCGUAACCCAAUUAUGGCUACAGCCUAGUAACCAAGACAAGUUUUGAUUGUGAUAUAAAAGUGUUUUCCUUGCAAAACUG